AUGUCGUCGUCGUCGUCGAGCGAGAGCUCCUCUUCGCUCGAGACGAGCUCAGCGUCCACAGUCACUCUUCUUCCUGAGAGCUCGACUCCGUCCGAGAGCGCGGCUGUGACGAGCACUCCUGUCGAGAGCUCGUCGUCGUUCAGUUCGAGCGCGAGCUCGAGCUCGCUGGUCGAAAGCGCGCCGCAGACUUCCUCUGUGCCUCCCGCGUCAGAGAUCAGCAUAUCUGACGACGGUCCGGACGCUCCUAGCGCGACGUCCACUCGUAGCGAACCGAGCGUCUCGCUGAGCAGCUCUCAAACCAGUGAGGCAUCGCCGACUUCGACUGCAAGCUCGUCAAGCGUCUCCUCAACGUCGCAAACGCCUGCGUCGCCUCCUCCACCCAUCUCUUCGACCUCGGUCACGCCUGCUUCCUCACCAUCGGCGACCUCAACGCCUCCUGACUCGUCUGUUCCCUCAUCGACGUCCUCUGCUCCGCCUGUCGCUUCCGAUCCGGCUUCUUCCCUCUCAUAUCUGCCUGCACCUGCUGGCGAUGGCAGUGGCUCUUCCACCACCGACGGUGCCGGCGAUGACGGCAGCACGACGGGCGGCGCUUCGUCGACGAUCAACCCAGCCGGAUCAACCACCAGCCUUCCAAGUUCGUCGUCCGAGAGCUUUCUCUCCUUCCCGCCCGAGAGCGGUGCCGGAGCAGCACGCUCGACGUACUCCGCCGCGCCCGCACCUGCUGCGACAGGCCAGGGCGCGGUCGCCACGGCGGUGCAGACGAUUGUGGUCGACGACUCGGGCGGAGUGGCUGUGGUGACAAUCGAUGCUGAGGCUCCUGCUGCGACUGUACAAGUUGUCGGCGUCGUCGAGACCUACACCGACUUCCUGACGUCCUCGAGCGUCGGCACCGACUCCAACGGCGCACCAGUCACCGCAGUGGUGGUGCACCAAGUCGUUGUGGAGCCGGCGUCGACCAGCACGUUUCUGGUGGACCCAGCGCGUGGCUCGGGCGGCUCGGACGGUGCGGCAGGCCUCGUUGGAGCGCCGGGCUGGCCGACGUUCGCUGCGCUCUUGCUUGCACUGCUCGGCUUCGCACUUGCGUAG